AUGGCAAGUUGCAGUCAAAGUGCAGGCACACUAAAAACACUAGGUAUAGCAAAUGAAUCUAAAAAAUUAUAUGGAGUACAAUUCCACCCUGAAGUUGGUCUGACAGAAAAUGGGAAGAUGAUACUGAAGAAUUUCCUUUAUGAUGUAGCUGGGUGCAGUGGGACCUUCACUGUGCAGAACAGAGAGCUUGACUGCAUUCGAGAGAUCAAAGAGCAAGUAGGCACAUCAAAAGUUCUGGUUUUACUGAGUGGUGGGGUAGACUCAACAGUUUGUACAGCUUUGCUAAAUCGUGCUUUGAACCAAGAUCAAGUCAUUGCUGUGCACAUUGAUAAUGGCUUUAUGAGAAAACGAGAAAGCCAGUCUGUUGAAGAGGCCCUCAAGAAGCUUGGCAUUCAGGUCAAAGUAAUAAAUGCUGCUCAUUCCUUCUACAAUGGGACAACUACUUUACCAAUAUCAGAUGAAGACAGGACCCCACGAAAAAGAAUUAGCAAAACAUUAAAUAUGACUACAAGUCCUGAGGAAAAAAGAAAAAUCAUUGGUGAUACUUUUGUUAAGAUUGCCAAUGAAGUAAUUGGAGAAAUGAAUCUGAAACCAGAGGAGGUUUUUCUUGCCCAAGGUACUUUGCGGCCUGAUCUAAUUGAAAGUGCAUCCCUUGUUGCAAGUGGCAAAGCUGAAGUCAUCAAAACCCAUCACAACGAUACAGAACUUAUCAGAAAGUUGAGAGAAGAGGGAAAAGUAAUAGAACCUUUGAAAGAUUUUCAUAAAGAUGAAGUGAGAAUUUUAGGCAGAGAGCUUGGUCUUCCAGAAGAGUUAGUUUCCAGGCAUCCAUUUCCAGGUCCAGGCCUGGCAAUCAGAGUAAUAUGUGCUGAAGAACCUUAUAUUUGUAAGGACUUUCCUGAAACCAACAAUAUUUUGAAAAUAGUAGCUGAUUUUUCUGCAAGUGUUAAGAAGCCUCAUACACUGUUACAAAGAGUUAAAGCCUGUACAACAGAAGAGGAUCAGGAGAAACUGAUGCAAAUUACGAGUCUGCAUUCACUGAAUGCCUUCUUGCUGCCAAUUAAAACUGUGGGUGUGCAGGUGAGUGGUGUGUUUUUGACUGACAUAACUUCCUGUUAUAUGCUCUUUUCACUAAUACGGAAGCAGAAACUACUUAGGAAAAUGAGAUAUGAAAGUAUAUAUGCUAAGUUAGAAAAUAGGCAAUUUUAGACUGU